AUGGAUGAGGGUGUCUCCGAAACUUGGACAUCAGCCGUGUUUGAGAAGGCGAUUGUCUUCUACAUAAUGGUCACCAUUCUGAUGUGGUCCUGGAAGGCGGAUGUCAGGAGAUGCCUUUUGUCGCUCCAGUCUUUCGUGCACGGUCUUCUGACCAGCGACGAAGAGAAGGAAGCAGCAAUUCACAGCAAGCUCCAGGAGAUUCAGCUGCCUUUGGCGCGGCAGCUGACUGCUGCUAUUUUAGGCAGCUUCACGCUCAUCACAGUGCUGAUGGAUCUGUCAUUUGGAUUACGCAGGAGCAGCCGCAUCCAACUGUUUCAGGAUUACGUCAUCUUCGGAGCAGCUUUCUUCUUUGCUUCGCUGGCUUCCAAAUGGACGAUGCAGUUGCCGCUGUUAUACAAGAUGACCGCAGUUGAGAUUUUCCUUGGAGUCCUACAUACCAUCUUGUCCGAUUCGGCAUCGAUCAUGAUGAUGAUUCCGAUAAAGAUGAUGCUGCGGCUCUGUGCGUCGUCGAUGCUUCUUUCAGAGCGAUUCGCUAUCGUCAUCAAUACAGUGGCCAGCAUGUCUCAGCUCAUCAGGAUUCUGCUUCAGGAAGAGUCGAGUUGGUUGCCUAGCAUGAUUAUUCUGGAACUAGGGACCGGCCUGCUUUCGGUGAUCCCCAUCGUGCUGCUGAAGUCCAGCUUUGCCGAGCUGCUGUCGACAGCUGCGGUGGAAGAUGCAAGCCAGUUCUUCCAUGAACAUUCCGCUGCUAGACGGAUGCUUGCAGUCCUUUGCGACGCUCAGGUCUUGCUUGGUCCGGACCUAAAGAUCAUCUCCCACGACAGAGGUCUGGCUCAACUGCUGAUGAGCAGCUGCUCGCCGUUUGCGUUGGAAGGACGGGCGUUUCUAGAUUUUAUGGCACCUCGCGACAUCCACCGGUUCGAAGUCUUCAUCGAAUCAGCGAUCAAGGUCGCUGACGAAGGCCAAGGUGACGGUGACGGCCAAUACGGGCAUGGGGAUGUGCCAUCAGGGAUGCCGUCAGGAAGGUCGGUCAUAGCACCGCCGACUUCUCUGCUUGUACAUAUCUCAGACAGUCAUGGUCUACUGGUUGCGGUUGAACUCUUCCACAUCUGUGUGCCCGCCGGUCCGAAUGGGGUACGGGGCCACUUCAUUGGAAUUUCGGAGGCGGAGAGCAACGCAUCAGCGACUGCAUCCAACUCGGACACUGGGUCGGGAAGUGUGCGAUCGUCUCAUCGCACAGAUCGCACCGCACCCCUCAAUGCUGCGCGACAUUCGGAGGAAUCCCAGGAGGUCAUGACUCUCAAGACUUUGCAGAUGCGACCGCAGGCCGUCGCGCGCUCCGCGGAAGGCAUGUUCCAUCCCGACCCAGGUGCUGAAGACGAGGGCCGUGAUGGGCGGGAAUCUGUGGCCUCCUCGGGAUCGAGCGACUCCUCGCUCACUUCCGCUGCUGGUCUCCGCAGCAAAUCAUUCACGGCGCCUGGGAUCGAGUCUGCUGAAAUAACAUUGGAUCCGUUCUGUGAUGCUUUGUCAAUUCACGAGGCCUUCUUCACCUUCCAAGCUGGAAGUGCACGAGAGAGGCCUUGCCUUAUGGAAUGGCUGUGGCCCGGAACGGGCAAGAAGUUCCAUUCCUCGAUGUCGCACGCCGUAAACCUGCUUUUUGCUCCGCCCGGGAGCAGAGCUGAUGCAGCCCAGUCGAAGUACAGGUUGGAGCCCAUCACGUUCCAGCUGCCAUCUUGGAAAAAGACCUUUGCACUCGUAGCAAAGGAUGUGGACUUGCUUUUGGAGGAGAAGGAAGAAGGACACGCUCUGGGAUCUGCGGCGCAGGAGGCAGUGUUGAUCAAGCUGCAGCUCUCCAGCUUCAUGAUCAAGCGCAUGGAGCGAGUGGAGCGAGGAUCCAGGCCCCAGAAGCCGCGGGAGAUCGAGGAGCGCGCCAAAGCAAGAGCCGAGUGGUUGCGAGCCAACUCUGGUUCGCGGCCACUGGCAGAAAGGGACGGCCUGGAACCCAUCCAGGAGCAGAGACUUCGCAGGACACAUGCCAAGCAGCGGACAGGGGAAGCUCGUGGAGACGUGUAG